UUUCAGAUUUUUUCUCAAACAAUUUCGAGAGCGCGCGCAAGAAAUUGAGAGCGACAGAGCGAGAGACCAAGAGCGAGAGAUCGAUUUCGUCAUUUUGUUGCUUACAAUCUCGAUCUCCGAUCUCGAGAUGCAGAAGUUAGGGUUUCCGGCGAUGAAGAGCUUGGAUCAACUCCGAUCGUUGUCUGGAUCGGCGAAGACGUACUCCUUCUCCACUCGUCCGCCUCAGGAUUCCGUCUCCUCCGGAAGUUUCUCGAAUUUGAAACUCACUGCAGAGAAACUGGUGAAGGAUCAGGCGGCUAUGAGAACAGAUCUAGAACUGGCGGUUUGCGUUUAUGAAAGUAGUUUUGAUCUGGAGAAUUGUAAGCUAAAAAAGUCACUGGAGCAUGUCUAUGCCUUAGAGGAGAAACUUCAGAACGCCUUUAAUGAGAAUGCUAAGCUCAGAGUUAGGCAAAAGGAAGAUGAGAAGCUUUGGAGAGGAUUGGAAUCUAAGUUCUCUUCAACAAAGACUCUGUGUGAUCAACUUACUGAGACUCUGCAGCAUUUAGCUUCUCAAGUUCAGGAUGCUGAGAAGGAUAAAAGUUUUUCUGAGACCAAAUUCAGUACUAGUUCAAAAGCAAUAGACUCUUUGAACCAGCAAAUGCGAGACAUGUCUUUAAGAUUAGAUGCUGCUAAAGAAGAAAUCACAAGCAGAGAUAAGGAAUUGGAGGAGCUCAAACUCGAGAAACAACAGAAAGAAAUGUUCUAUCAAACUGAACGGUGCGGAACUGCCAGUCUCAUUGAGAAGAAAGAUGCUGUGAUAAAAGAGUUGGAAGCAACUGCAGCCGAAAGAAAACUCAACACUGAAAACUUGAACUCCCAACUAGAAAAGCUACUUCUUGAGUUAACAACAAAAGAAGACGAGGCCAAAGAUCUUGUCAGUAUCCAAGAGAAGUUGGAGAGAGAAAAGACGAGUGUUCAGCUGAGUGCAGAUAAACUUUUUGAAAAAGUAGUCAGCUCAGAGCAGGAGGUUAAGAAGCUCGAUGAAUUUGUCCACUACUUGGUAGCUGAGUUGGCUGAAUUGGACAGAAAGAAUCUGACCUUCAAGGAAAAGUUUGAGAAACUAAGUGGCCUAUAUGAUACCCACUUUAUGUUGUUGCGUAAAGACAGAGAUCUUGCAUCAGAUCGUGCUCAAAGAUCGUUUGAUCAACUCCAGGGCGAGUUUUCUAGCGUAACUGCCCAAAAAGAAGCUCUGGAAUCAACACGCAAUGAACUAAGUGAAAAAAUAGUUGAGCUCCAGAAUGAUAAAGAGUCUUUAAUAUCUCAACUUUCUGGGGUACGCUUCUCUGCAAGCCAGACUAUUGAUAAAUUGGAGUCUGAAGCAAAAGAACUUGUUUUAAAGAACGCUGAAACAGAAUCAGUGAUUUCGAAGCUGAAAGAGGAAAUAGAAACUUUAUUGGAAAGUGUAAAGACAUCAGAGGAUAAGAAGCAAGAAUUGUCAAUAAAGCUUUCAUCAUUAGAGAUGGAAAGCAAAGAGAAGUACGAGACACUGCAGGCAGAUGCACAUAGAAAAGUUGGGGAACUAGAGACUUUGCAAAAAGAGAGUGAGAGCCAUCACUUGCAGGCGGAUUUGUUGGCGAAAGAGGUGAACCAGCUCCAAACCGUCAUAGAGGAGAAAGGGAAUCUUAUCCUGCAGUGCAAUGAAAACGAGAAGAAUUUAAACCAACAAAUCAUUAAGGACAAGGAGCUACUGGCAACUGCUGAAACUAAGCUUGUAGAAGCAAAGAAGCAAUAUGACCUGAUGCUAGAAAGUAAACAGUUGGAAUUGUCAAGGCACUUAAAAGAAUUAUCACAGAGGAAUGACCAGGCAAUUAAUGAUAUCAGGAGGAAGUAUGAUGUAGAGAAGCAGGAGAUUAUUAAUUCUGAAAAGGACAAGGUUGAAAAGAUAAUCAAGGAGCUGUCCACUAAAUAUGAUAAAGAACUCUCAGAUUGCAAAGAAGAAUCAAAGAGGCAACUGUUGACCAUUCAAGAGGAACAUUCUUCUCUGAUUCUCAGUAUUCGGAAGGAGCAUGAGAGUAAGGAGCUCAAUCUCAAAGCCAAGUAUGACCAGGAACUGAGACAAAAUCAGAUUCAGGCUGAAAAUGAACUGAAAGAGAGGAUAACAGCUCUGAAGAGUGAGCAUGAUGCUCAGUUGAAAGCAUUCAAGUGUCAGUAUGAAGAUGACUGCAAGAAGCUGCAAGAAGAAUUAGAUCUUCAAAGGAAAAAAGAAGAGAGGCAAAGAGCUUUGGUGCAGUUACAGUGGAAGGUGAUGAGUGACAAUCCACCUGAAGCGCAAGAAGUAAACUCAAACAAGGACUAUUCACUUUCGUCGAUGAAAGUGAAAGAAUCUCGUCUUGGUGGUAAUAAAAGAAGCGAGCAUAUAACAGACUCUCCUUAUGUAAAGGCAAAAGUAACAACUGUGUCAAAUAUAUUGAAGAAGGCUAAAAAUGUAAACACAGGAAGCGUAAUGAGCAUUCCAAAUCCAAAGCAUCAUAGCAAGGAGCCACAAAGACGCAGUACUAGGUUGACACCCAAAUUGAUGACCCCCAAAAGUAUCGCCAAGGAAACAGCGAUGGGCGGUCAUCCUCGCUCUGCAAAUAUUGGAGACUUGUUUUCAGAAGGUUCCCUCAACCCAUAUGCUGAUGAUCCCUAUGCAUUUGAUUGAAGUCUACCUCGCAAAGUCAGUUCCCUAUCUCUCUUAACUCUCAGAUACAUACUCUUUGUGAAAGCUUGCUCACUGAUUUACAUAAACAUUUUGCUGCUUGCAUCAACUAUCUAAUUUUUAUAACAUGGAAUAACGAUGCGAGUGUUUCAAAAACUUGUAAAUGUUGGUAAGAGAAAUAAUCCGGAAUCUGCUUCUGACCCAGUAGCUGGUUUCAGAAAACAUUGAUAAAAACCUUGCAUCAAUCAAAAGUGUUUGAGUAU